AUGAAGGAUCCAAAGGGAUACAGGGCCCACCUGGCCCUCCAGGUCUACCAGGUGGUGAUGGGGCAGCUGGAAAACCUGGACCUAGGGGAAGCCUAGGGUCCCCAGGAACUCAGGGGCCACAAGGGCCAGCAGGAAUCCCAGGCCCACAGGGUGCUGCUGGGAUGUUAGGAGCAGCAGGGGAAAGAGGAAACAAGGGUUUACCUGGCUUGCUUGGUGAUGCUGGCCCCACCGGACAAGACGGACAACAGGGUCUCCCUGGCCAAACAGGAAAUGAAGGCCCACCUGGACAGAAAGGAGACCAGGGGGACCAAGGGUCUUGUGGGAAACUUGGUCCUCCAGGAUCUCCAGGAGAGAGAGGACAUGAGGGCCCAAAAGGCUUACAAGGACCACCUGGACAAGUGGGAGGAGAGGGUGAUGUCGGGCAUCCUGGUGAACCUGGAGAUCCUGGAUCUGAAGGGGAGAAGGGUGAGGUGGGGCCUCCAGGUUUGUCUGGUCGAGAAGGCCCUUGGGGAGACCUGGGAGAAAACGGCGAAAGGGGCCCAAAGGGGGAGAAGGGCCACAAUGGACUAAUGGGUGAACCGGGGCUGAUGGGUGAGGUGGGACCUGCAGGUCUGGCGGGGUUACAGGGAAUCACAGGCUCUCGGGGACUCCCGGGGCCAGAUGGACCUCAGGGCCAGAAGGGGGAGUCUGGCUCUGUGGGAAUUACUGGACCUCCGGGGUCAGGAGGCCCUCGGGGAAUAACUGGCUCUCGUGGUGUCAGAGGAGACGCAGGGGGGCUGGGACCACCUGGUCCAGUAGGAAAAGUUGGACCUCAGGGAGACCAGGGAGCUAAAGGGGAAGUGGGGUCACAGGGACUGAAGGGAGAGCCAGGAGCUCCAGGUCCACCAGGGGAACAGGGUGAGGAUGGUCUGCCAGGAAUCCAAGGUCCUCCGGCUCUGCCAGGGUUUGAGGGACCUCCAGGAGAGAUGGGCCCCCAGGGUCCCCCAGGUCCCACAGGGGCUCCUGGAGUAAAAGGAAGAGCAGGACCUGAGGGGAACCAGGGCAUGUCUGGGGAGAAGGGAGACGAUGGCGAGAAUGGAUCACCAGGGAAGCUGGGUCAUGUUGGAAAGAGAGGGAAACGGGGGAAGGCCGGAGUCAGAGGGACCAGGGGAGACAGAGGACCGAAGGGCCAAAAGGGAGACUCAGGGCUAGUCGGCCUCCCUGGGUGGCCAGGGCUCAUCGGAAUCGCGGGCUUACGUGGAGAGCCAGGGGAUCAAGGUGGAAAGGGGAAAGAGGGGGAGAAGGGAGACAUGGGAGUGCCUGGACCACCUGGAGCUGAUGGCGUGAAGGGUAUUCGGGGUCCUGCUGGGUUGCCUGGUCCACUGGGCUUGAAGGGGGAGCAGGGAAAUAUUGGUGUACCAGGACCGAGGGGUACACCAGGGAUGCCAGGGCUGCCUGGUUUGUUUGGAUUAAAGGGUUUGAAAGGCUACCAAGGUUUCCCUGGUCUGCCUGGCAGGAGGGGGCUCCCAGGUCCACCUGGGCUUCCUGGACCCCCAGGACAGUCACUAAACAUGACGUUGACUCAACUCAAGGACCUGAUGUAUAUGUCCGAUAAGCCCAACUACCAUGUGGUCCAGACUGUGCUAGAUUCUCUGCAGCAGGAGCUUUGGCUGCUGCUGGAUCCUCCUGAUGGCAGCAAGGAGCACCCUGCCACCACCUGCCUGGAGCUCUGGCUCUGUCACCCCGAAUACAGCAGCGGAACGUAUUACAUUGACCCCAACCAGGGCAGCCCAGCGGACGCCCUGCUGGCCUACUGCAGCUUCUCUUCCACAUCAAAACAGACCUGCCUUCAUCCCCGACACUCGCAGUUGCCGAUGAAAGCCUGGAUGGAAGAAUUUUCUGAAGAAGGAUCCUUUCAGUGGCUCAGCAAGCUGGAGCAGGGGUUUCAGUUUUACUAUCCAGGUGCUAAUGUGGUCCAGAUGCGUUUUCUGAGGUUGCACAGUAGCACUGCCGUCCAGAAUAUGACCCACUCCUGCCAGCCAGGACACAGACUGGGCCAGGCAGACAGAGACGUCAAAUUCCUCACUGACUCAAGGAAGCAAAGUUACCUCGGAGCACUUAAAGACUGCGUGCCUGGAGAGGAGAUAAUUUCUGGACCUCGGGAGUCUGUGUUUGAGUUCGAGGACCUCCAUCUGCUCCCCCUGAGAGACGUAGCACCAAUGGGAGGUGGAAACUUCACACACCAGUUUGGCUUCACCGUCGGGCCUGUGUGUUUCAGCUAGAGGCGCUAGAAAACGGUGCUGUCCCAGAAGACUCGCAGGUCCAGGACACAAACCUCUGUUCAUCUCAUGGACACCUAGAGGACAACUGGAACAGAAGAUGUCCCUUCCUUUUUCUCUCUCCUUGUUUUCAGGGUAUUCAAUCUCUCAAGUUGAAUGACUCCGUAUUCAUGAAUUUGGGAGGACACAAGCGUACCCAGGCUUUUUUUUUCACAGAGAAGUCAAAUUUGUUUACAGAGACGUUUAUCUUGUAUUGAAUAAUUUAAAAAUGUAUGUUUUUUUUUUUUUAUCCUUUUAUAUACAUAUGUUUUUUUUCUGUUUGAUUUUUGUUAUGUAUUUUGGGCUUCUGUCAUAGCUUGCCCAUUGUCUAUAUAAAAGCCAGACUGUCCUAGCUGACCUCUUAACAAUGUGUUCUGCAUGGGGACACAGCUACUGUGGUCUCAUUGGCCGAAUGUGACCCGGCGGCCAGUAAUCUCUGACUCUCUGUCCACUACUUUAGUACUGUAAGUGACCUCAGGGUGUCACUUUUCUCAUGGUGCCGAUUUUCUAUGAAAGACCAUUUCUUUAAUCCUAAAAACAAUAGAAGUGGACAGUCACAUUGUCUUGGUGCUUCCAGUUGUCAACAGCACAGUUCCUCAUUUUGUUGUAAUACAAAACAUUGUUUGUCUUAUACAGUUUCAUGUUAUUGUAUGGUUUUUUGUUUUUUUUACGUCUCAGGUAUGAUACAUUCAUGAUAUACACAUGGGCACUGAAGCUGCUGUUGCCACAGUAUGUUGGUCAGUUUUGUAGUUUAGCAUUAAAGCAAGACUUAGGAAAUGUUUAAAGAUAAAUCCAUGAAAAGACCAAAAUCAACACUGAAUUAGUUCAACCAACAAGUAUUGUGUGUAUCUAAAACCUCAUACUGUAUAUCUUCUUCCACCUUGCCAUUGAGCUCCAUUGUUGUUCCAAAGCUAUUAAAAACACACGAGUGAGGAACUCUGUUGCACUGAG